AUGUGGGCAUUUGGUUCGAGCAAUAUCAGCUCACCUCAACAGAAGUCCUUGAAGGAAAAAGUAUCUGAAGGGUCUCUCGAAGUUGCUAGUGAUGUAUCCACAUUAGAGUCAUUUCUGCCAACCACAGCCAGUCGGGCUCACUCUAGGGCUUUCGCAACCUCAGUGAAAAGUAACGUUUGCAAUAAGUUUCCAUGCACCCUCGCCAGCAGAGGGGAAAACGACGGCACGGGAGUAGAACAUCGAAACCUCCCAAGGUUUCCUUAUGUUGAUAACCUUUUGUCGACCGAGGCUUUUCUAGGAUUCAGCACCACGGCUGAUAGUGUGGAAGGCUCAGAAAGACCCAAGGUCAGCUGCAGUGCCCCUGGAAACCCUUUUUUAUUAAUCCACAAAGCUUCGAGCACGCUGAACCUGUUAAGUUUCUCAGAUAACCACAGUGAUGAUCAGGUGAGCCCUAGGGAUAGACUGCCGUUAGGCCAUGACGAUAAAUGCAAUGUUUCAGAUAGUAAUAGACAUGGUUUUACUCUUAGGAAGCUUUCAACUGGCGAAAACAAACACGAAGGCGAUGGUAAAAAAGGCCAUAUGUGCAGCAACGUCGACGUGUCCACGGACAGUCUAUUUCAUAAUCAGCUUCCGAUCCCUCUUGAACCUUUAAAACGCUCUCCACCACCUUUUUUUGCCGUGGAAAACAAGAGCACAAGCGUUGUGUUUCUUUGCCAUGAUUCGGACUGUGGCGACGCCCAGGGAUUGCGUAAUCCAUCCAACUCGAUUGGUGGACACCACUUUUCCAUCGCUCACGGCGGUGUCUUCAUGAAGGAGUCCUGUUCAUGGCGAGAAGAAAACUUUUACAAAAUGCUCGCCGACUACCAAAUAGAGAUGGUUAAAGAAAAGGUACGACGCGAAUUACUAAAGAGCCAUCCAGAGUUAGUGUGGAGUGAUGGGUUGUGGGCGAAAUACUGCGUCUACGAGCGUUCGUGUUUGAAAGUUGUUCUGGGAAUGGACUCUGGUUUGGCGGCCAGCCUCCGCAACGAAGAACAUCAAGACUCUAGUGUAAGUAUCAAAGAGCUGGAGUUUAUGCAGAGAGCAACCAUGCGGUGGUGGCAAGCUGGUAGUCUGGAUAAUGAUGACGAAUCUCAGGUAAUCAAGAAUAUCGAAUUUAGUCUUCAGAGCGACAAAACAACUGAACAACCGAAUCAAGGCAGUGGCUUUAUGCUUCAAAAAGCCGCUCUUAGUCACUCAGAAUUUAGAAAUGAUGAAAGACACGCCCAUACAAUGGCUGAAUACAAGGAGAAACAAUACGUUGAACGACACCGCUCGCUCCCGCUGUUAGCCCGCUUUGCACCGCGUUUUUAUGGCGUUCGUAAUUUAAUUAAACGACAGGUCACAUCGUCCUGUUGCUGCCACUAUGGCUCAGAUUCGCUUCGAUCGACCGAAAAACAUCCGCUUCGGAAUAGCAUCACCGGGGAUGAGAAUCACCUACGCUGCGACCUCAGCCUCCUCUCACGCGAAAAAAUAGGGGCAGAAGGGACGACUGGGGCACCCCCCAAACCCGAAGUAUCCUUGCCCGAGUUGAAUUGUGAGGAAGGGAUGCGAACGGCGUCUCCGGUAGGGAUAGAUCGAUGUUGUGGGCCCCCCACCGCAUCCCCGGCUGCCAACGAUAUAGUGAAUAUCGAGUCUAAAACCUCCUCACCGUCCUCGCGGCAGAAAAUGGGGUUGCUGAGCCAAUCGAAUGGGGAAGGCUGGAUCAUUCAUACCUCAGUUCCCAACCGCAGUGACUCCAGUGAUGCCAAAAAAGAUGACGAAAAGGGAAAAGUCUGCCGGAUGAUUGUUCUGGAAGACGUAUGCUACGGCUUUAAAUACCCUUGCGUGUUAGACGUAAAAAUAGGGAGUCGGCAGUAUGGAUUGAACGCAUCCUCGACAAAGAAAGCGAGCAAGGAACGGAAGUCCCGGCUCUCGACCUCAGCGCGUCAUUAUAUCCGUUUGGCCGGGAUACGAAUGUGGGAUGCGGCACGACGAACAUAUAUCACCAAAACCAAACUAUACUGUCGUAGCUUAUCCAUCAGCCAGGUCAAGGCAGAACUUUCACAGUUCCUUUUAUAUAGUCAGAAUCUCGGGCUUGCGUUUCGCCGUCAUAUCGAGGAACUUCGCGAUACGAUGCGGCGCCAAAAAGUAUUUCGUUUUUACACCUCGUCGCUUUUGUUUAUCUAUGACGCUGCGCAGGCUGCCGAAACGGCGCGGAUUAUCAUGGUUGACUUUGCUUACACUUACGAGAGAUGGGAACUGGUCGAAGGCAAGGACCCAGACGCGGUUCACACUUUUGAUGAAGGAUAUAUUAAGGCACUGGAUACCUUGAUUUCCCUAAUUUCAUAG